AUGGAGAAUCGAAAGGAAUUUGUGUGGUUUCCGGCGGAGGAAUCUGAAUGGGUCCUUUGCCAGAAGCUUAGCAGGACUCCUGCUGGAGGCGCCACCCUUCGGCUGGGCAAGAAGGAGUUCGUGGUAUCACCGGAAGAGCAGCGAUUGGUGCUGCCGCGACCAGGGCAAGUGGCACAGAACUAUGCUUCGCUGGAGAAGGAUGGGCUCGGCGCUGGUCAGGUCGAAGAUGCGCUUCGUAACCAGUUUUGCAGUACGAACCCGUACUCCAACAUCAACAUGGUGACCUUGUGCAUCAAUCCCUUCAGACCCCUGAAGAUUUUUGGCGAGACGUACGUCGAGAAGUACUCAGCUUUGGACCCUAAUCUGCCGCCGCACAUCUUCAACGCCUCCGCGAGUGCGUACAAGCGAAGUAUGGACAAAAAGGAACAUCAGGUCCUCCUGCUGCUGGGAGAUGGAUGCACAGGAAAGUCGAUGGCACGCGAGCACGUGCUUAGCUUCUUCGAUCAAAACGCUGGCGAUGGUAGUGGUGAAUUCAAGCAGAUGCUGGCUAUCCUGGCUCCGUUCAUCUCGGCCCAGUGCCGUUGUGGUCGGCAGAUUUGGCAAUCCACUCGAGCUAUCUUGGAGGUCGAGCUUGGGUUGGCUGCAGAUGGCUUCACAUGUCGCACCCUUGCCAGCGUGAAGAUGUUGGAGACAGGUCGCCUUGCACGCAGCAUGGACGCCGGCUUCAAGACCUUCGAUGCUCUGUAUCUGGCAGCCAAGGACGAAAGGGCGAAGGAGUGGUUGGGCACCGCAGUGGAGUUCCGACUACUCGGGGAGGAGAUCGAGAUUGAAGAGUAUGACGAGGAAGGCUCUGCACAGAAAAGCUGGAUCGAAGCGCUGGCUUCUUUCGAGAUCGAUGAUGCUGCGGUAGUCCGAAUCCUGUGUGGCUUGAUCCUCCUUGCGGAGCUGCGCUUCGACGGGUCCCCGGAAUCCCUGCGCUGCGAGCCGAAAGGAGGUCUGGAAGCUGCCGCCAAAGCCUUAGGGGUGAACGCCGGGUCGCUUUGGGCCUUCCUCACGGAUGGCUACGCGACUGGCUCGGCCUCGCCGCAGGAUGCGGCCUUGUGUGUAGAUGCAGCCGUAGCUGAAGUCUACUGUCGGCUUGUGGACUUGAUCCUGCGGCACAGCAACGAGCACUUUCCAGCCGAAGCUAAGGCGAUCACCCGCCGCAUCAAAGUCCUGGAGCUUCCCUCUGGCUCUGACGCGCCCGGAAUCCAUCGCCUUCAGACCCAGCUCUUGAACGAGGCUCGGUUCGCACGGAUGCUUCGCACCGCUCGCGGAUCGGAGGUGAGCGACGAAUUGCGGGACGAGUCCGAGCCGCAGGCAGCGGCUGCCAGAGCGGAGGCCUUGUGUCGAGGCUGCCUGGAAGCAUUGCAAAGCGGCUCGCCGCUACAGAACUGGGCAGAGGCGCAAGAGCUUUCCGACAGCUUUGCCUUGGAAGGGGAGGUGGCCUCCAUCAGCGGUGCUUGUGGGCCUGUCGAACAUACACUCAGCAGCCUGGAGUCUGGAGCGGCUUUGGACACGGUUGAUCUCAUGGACUUCUUCCAAGUUCUCUCAAAAUCCAACUGCAAGUACCUUCGAGAUCUUGCAGAGACAUCUCGUCAAGUUCCAUGCUUGGACGAAGCUGCAGAGGCUUCAGAGGCUCUGUUGGCCCACCUCGAGCCGCAGCAGGCAUCGACGACCUGGCUGGUUUGUUGCCUUCGCCCGAACGAUGCUGGCCAUCCCGACCGCGUGAACAGAAACGUGAUGCUCCGGCAAACUGAGCAGCUCCGCUUGGCUGACAUGGUUCAUCUGACAGACAAGAACAGCUGCUUUCUCUGGUCAUUGAAAGCAUUCCGUGAGAAGUACGCCGAGUUGGUGCCGGUGCUGGCGGACUCCACUCCGGACGAGGAGGUUUGCCGCAUCAUCGUGAAGUCUGCUGGAGGUGGCGAGGGAACGGUGGGUGCAGAGAACGUUUUCGGUGGCGAGAUCCUGGAACGUCUCUUAGAGCACAAGCUGCAGGAGAAGAUGGCUGGUGCCCAGCACCUGGAAGGCACCAAAUCGGAGAUGAAGCAGCUUAUGGAGGAGAAGCUCAGGAUGGAAUCUCUGCAGAGAGAGCAGCAGCAGACCGAGCGCCUGAAGGAGCUGGAGUCGCUUCGUGGCCAACACCAAGAUCAGCAGAACAAGCAGCAGCAGUUGAUGCAGCAGCUUCAAGAGCAGCAGUUGCAGCUGCAGAAGCAACACCAGGAGCAGAUGCAAGAACAGAUGGAGGCUUUGAGGAAGCAGCAAGAGCUGGAGCUUGAACGCUUGCGGAAGCAGCAAGAAGAGGUAUCUGCUGCAGCCACUGCCGCAUCGAACCCGGUCGUCCCGGAGACAUCGCCGACAGUCUUGCCGCCAGAGGACAUGGUGCCGGUGGCAGUGGCAGCAGAAAGUUCAGUGCCCUUGAGAUCGGGAAGCCUCGGAAAGGUCCGCGAAGCCCCGCCGGCCUCUCUUCGCCACCGCUUCCGGGCCCCAGGAAGCAACGAGGAGGAGGGACAGCCUCGGCAGAGCUAUCCAGCGCUUCAUGCUGCAUUGGCCCAGAUGGCCGCAAUUCUCCGUGUCGCCAAAGAGAGGGAGCAAAGCUUUCAGGCGCAUGCAGAGUUUCAUGAUCAAACGCUGCAUGACCUGGAAGCCGAGCGGGAUGGAUGGAGGCAGGAGAUCCGCACGCUGACACAGCAGGUCAGCGAUCUUCGGCGAAGCGUAGAGGCCAACUGGGACGGCGGGGGCCCCAGCAAAGAGGAAGACCGGCCUUCUGGAUGGGUGCGGGCAACCGUCUACAUGGUUGCGAUGCUCUACAUUUUCCUUGGCGUGAACAUCGCAGCAGACAAGUUCGUCAGUGCCAUUGAAGGCAUUACCAGCAUCAAGCGCAGAGUUCUGCAGAGGUCGACAGGGCGUGUUAUCACAGUUAGCGUUUGGAAUGGGACAGUGGCAAACCUGACCUUGCUGGCGUUGGGCUCAUCGGCGCCGGAAAUUCUGUUGUCUGUGGUUGAGAUCAUGGGGAAUGGCUUCUUUGCUGGAGAGCUCGGGCCUUCCACCAUUGUUGGCUCCGCAGCCUUCAACUUGUUUUGCAUCGUGGUCUUGGCCUUGGCAUUCGCCGUUUGUGUUGUAGCGGUGCCAGCGGGCGAGCAGCGGCAGAUCAAAGAUUUAGGAGCCAUGGCGGUUGCAUUCCGACUUCGAAGCCGACCGGCAAUCAGCUUCUGGACAGUGGAUCAAGUUUGCGAUUUCCUCGAGACCGCGGGCCUCGACAGUGAAGUCUGUGCUCGGUUCCGGACGGAGUCCGUCACAGGCCGUGUGCUGUGCCAGAUAACGGAUCAAGAUCUCUCUGCUCCACCCUUCGAACUGCCCUUUGGCCUCAGAAAGUCCCUGCUGAGCGAGGUCGAGGCUCAGAAGAAACUUGCGCGUGCACGGGAACGACAGGAGGUCGCCGGCACCGGCCCGAUUCUGGCCAAAGGCCAGGUGCCAGAGGGCCACAAAAUAAGCCAGGACGCCUUAGAGCGGAUCCGGAAGUGGCGCUUGCUGCCCCUCAGCGACGAGGAGUUGGAGUGUUGGGAGUAUCAAGCAUCUUGGUUGGUAUGUCCUAUUACAGGGAAGGCCUGGGCAAGGAGCGACGUGGUGUCUACGAUGGGUGUGGCGCUCUACCACGCUCCACGCUACUGCUCUGAGAGGGAGAAGCAGCGCCUCUUCCUUGAGGAGGAGCAAGCCCGCCGCUAUGACACCCAAAGGAAGGCAGCCAUGGACCACAGCGGCACGAAGUUCGAGCGUGACUAUGAGGUCUACCCUAUUGUCGAGCCGCCGCCCUUGGCGAAUCUGCCCUUCCAAGCGGAGUCUUCGGAUGCCAGCGACGAGCAGCUGCAGCGCCUGCGCAUGGAGGUCUCAAGCCUCAAAGGCCGAUCUGCGGCUGUGCAGAGAGAGAUGUUCGAGGGCCUUCAAGGAGAUGCAAAGCCUGAGGACGGGGAGAGCUUCUUGUCCGGAAAGGACGUUGGACGGGCGCUGGAGCAGCUGAAGACGGAGCCGAAAGGUGACUUAGAGCUUGCUCAGAAGUUCGGUGUCUACGAGUCCUACUUCUCGGGGGUCGUGGAACUCCGCAGCGAUCUCUUCGGGCUUUGGGAGCGGUGCGAGCCCGUCUUGGCGAGGCCAGAUGCGACCACGAUGCGAGCCGCUGUGAACCGCGUGGAUAGCUUUGAGAACCUCUCCAUUCCAGAGAGGAGCCGCCAUUGGUUCGUCUACCACAUGAUGAGCACCGCUUCAAGCAACCAUGGUAAGAUGCAGAAAGUCUUGGAAGACCUGGAAGACCUCUUUGAGACAGCUCAAGACAGGCAGGCGGUUGACACGGAGGGGCAUGCAGAGGAGCUCAGCGACGACCCCCAGCUGGGUAUUAUGGAAGUGAUCAUCGGCCCUUCGUUUGACAUGGAUGCCUACAACGAUGGUGUGCGCGGAAACGCAGCGAGAGCAGUUCUUCCGGCGGCCGACCGUGGGGUACUUGACAUGGACAGGCAGUACAAUGUUGUGAACUUCCAGUACUUUGCACAGCAGGCCGAUGCAGGUGUCACUCGGGAAGGGGCCGAGGCAUCAUUCAAGCGACGCUUGUGCACGAGCCGGCUCAGUUUCUACAUCGAAGAGUCACAUGGUUCCCGAAUCUUCCCACGGAAUAUCCUGUCUCAGCUCAGCCUUCUUUUCUAUCGGAGGAACGAUGCCCUGCGCUUGCGCGACGGUCAGGUGAACGAGGCCCGGGUUGCCGUCUGCAUCCGCAAGGCCAUCCCGCGAAUCUUAAGAGCAAUCGUCGUGGAUGUCUUCCAAGGAGACCGGGGCUUUGCGCCACACAUGGAGAAAGCCGUUCGGGUCUAUCUUGCAGUGCACCAGGUUGCCAUCAAACUGCUGGCAACGUUCCGCAAGAGCUACGAGCUCCUGUAUCAAUCGGUGCUUGAGUGGAUCCAGCAGCCCUUCUGUCCAAAGAGCGAUUCUGAGUGGCCAGAUCUUGAGGAACUGUUGCUGGGUGCGUCCCUCUGUGCCGUUCCCUGGUCGCUCCUUCGCGAGGCCUUCGUGCGGCGCCUCUUCGUCCAUUUGCUCAGCAUCACCAAGAUGAGUGCUAAGGCACCCAUCCGCCAGCGGGCUGAGCACCUCUUCACCCAGAACCGCGCUCUGCUGGAACGGCUCAGCUACAUCCUGGCCUUCUUCCAGGCUGGUCCCGGCAAGCUCUCGGUUCAAGAGAUGGACAAGAAGUACAGUCGCUGUGCUGGCAGCUUGCCCAAGGCAGAGCGGGCAGCCUUGGUUGAGGCCGCGAGGGAAGGUGGCUUGGGGUCCUUGUCGGAUCUUUGGGCCGCCUUGGGAAUGCAGCGCGGCGGAGACGAGGAGGCCGCCUUGCAGCAGUUGGAGGUCUUCUUGGAGUACGUCCAAAGCAACCUCACCUCCUGGAAAGCCGCCCCGGCGCCGCCCGCGGCCUCCGAGGGUCCGGCGCUGCCCCCCGCUGCCCUUGAGCAGCUGGCGCUCAUCGGUGCACAGACUGCCCAACCCGCAGCCGGGCCCAAGAGCUCCAGCAAGAGAGAGCGUGAGAUGGCCUUGGCCCGAGCGAGAGCGGCAGAGAAGGCCCAGCACCAGGGUUUCCCAACUUUGCCCCCUUCGCGACGUUUGGAUGGCACUUUGUGCUACUACUGCCAGCGACAGUUCCUAAGCCGGAUGGCACUCUUUGCCCACUUGCGCAAGAUGAUCGACAAGGACCGCUUCGUGGAGGGCCACCACGAGGCGCACUUUCAGCUCUCACUUCCCGGCGGCCCAGAUGCUCUGCCAGAGUCAGGAUUGCACCGGUGCAAAGCGAAGACAUGUGGGAAGUCCUUCGCAUCGAAGCAGGAACUCUGGCGCCAUUACCACACCAUGGGCGUGCCUGGUUUCGAGGAGCCGGCAGAGGCACAGGCAGCCGAUGAAGGCACUAAGCAUUUGCAGGAAGACUCCGGACCUGCAACCGAGCCUGUCCAGGAAAGCAUCGUGGUCACGACCACGGACCUAUCCCGCUGCGCAGUUUGCCUGGACAAAGCCGCGAACGUGGUAAUGGUGCCUUGUGGGCAUAUUUUUGCCUGCCAAACCUGUGGCCAGAAGCUGAAGGAAUGUGUCUUCUGGGUCACAGCAGGCUUCUCCAUCUUCGCCUACCUCUGGCUGGUCGUGAUUGUACAGGUGAACUCGCCAAAUGUCGUGGAGCUCUGGGAGGCGCUGUUGACCCUGGCUUGGCUACCAGUGCUGAUCACG